CGGAGAGUUGCGCAAAGUGUUGAAAUGCAGAUAACAAAUGGCGAAUCAAACAAUAGCUGUGUUUUUUUUUUAUCAGACUGAUAGCUCAUUCAGAGAGAUACAGUUUAUUUAGCUUCAACACUGUAUUAGAAAGCUAGACAUUUCACAGCGAUAAGAAUCGUAUUGUGAGUCGACAGACAGGCUAUUGGCUGUAUUGUGUAACUUUGAUUUCCUGUUGACUGGCGUAGGUUCUGCUGUGAGAAUGAUUAAAAACAGGGCUUUGACGUUGGGUUUCUUGUCAGGAUUUGUUAUUGCAGGGGGGAUAGUUUUCGCUGUUCUACUUGCCAAACUAUUGGAUAAGUUAAUUAUUGAAGACUCAAGUGAUUGGCGAAACAGUGACUGGAAUGGGUCGUAUGAAACGAUUGCAAGUUUUCCCAUUUGGGCCUUUGGAUUUGUGCUCAUAGUCCCUGGGUUUUUCGGCUUCAUAGCUGCUUUCGUCCAGAACAAAUGUAUGUAUGUGACAACUUUAGUUUUCGGCAUCGUGUGUUUUAUUGGGUUGGGUGUGAUUAUCCUAAUCCUUGGACUUGGAAUGUACGCCAUCGUCAUCACUAAACAAGUCUUCCAAUCCAUCUGUCAGUCCACAGAGAACACGUGCGUCUGCAGUGGCGAUGGCGGGGCCAGCAUCACCUAUGGCGAGUCCUGUGAAUACUUUGACCAGCUCCGUGAUAUGUUCAUUGGCAUGUUCGUCGCGGUCGUCAUCUCCUGGGUUGUUUUGUUCAUUCAGUUCAUCUUCUGCUGCUACUACUCCUGUUGUGCUAAGGACACGUCCACUCCUUAUGUCAGUAUGCAAACUGACCACAUGGGGCUAUCUGUGACUCAAGUUUCCCAACAAAGCUCUCAGUCCAGCGUCAACCCACUCUACAUGAUGCCAGUCUUGGUCGCUCCACAAUAUGGGCAAGUGGUGUAUGGCGCCCCUCAACCUAGUCAAGCGGGGUAUGGCGCCCCACAAUAUGGUCAAGUGGGGUAUGGCGCCCCUCAACCUAGUCAAGCUGGAUUUGUCGCCAUGCAAUCUGUUCAGUCUAGCUUCGGCGCCGCGCAGUCUGGUAAAGCUGGGUUCGACAACCCCCAGUAUUGUCAAGCUGGGUUUGGUGCCCUUUAGUCUGGUUGCCCCCAGUACAUGCAGGCUAUAUAAACAACCCCACGAUCCACUGGGCAUCAUGCCCCACCAGAAGGAGACAACUACAAUAGACGCUAAAAGUCUGCAACUAGUUC